AUGGCUGCCCCAACUUCCAAGGAUAUUUCUCACUUACUAGAACUGUUAACUCCUCCAAAAACCCCACCUGCAGACAGUCAAGCGACACUCUUUCACAAUUGGCCCGAACCGGAAACAGAACCAGAUGAAGUCCAUUUCGAGAUCCCCUGGAGCAAUUAUGUAGACAGUGCCGAUGAUGCCGACGCUUUCCAUGUGCCACAUCAGAAUGUACUUCUUCUGCAUGGCCCGAAACAGAAAUACCAACAUACAGAAAAGCACCCAGUCCCACGAUUAGAAAACGACCGAGAGAUGCUCGUUGAAGUUGAGGUUAUUGGUUUGAACCCUAUCGACUGGAAAGCCCCCGAUUUCGGAUUCGGCUUACCAGAUCUGCCAUGCAUCAGCGGACGCGAUCUUGCCGGGAAGGUAGUAAAAGCCCCAAAGACCAAAUCCCGCUUUGAUGUCGGCGACAAAGUGAUGGCGAUAUCGACCGACUAUCGAGACUCGCGAAAAUCAGCAUAUCAACAGUAUGCGGCAGUGUCAGACUUCAAUGCUUGUCGUUUGCCCAAAAAUAUAUCCGCGGAGGAAGCUGCACCACUUGGCGUUGCCUUUGUUGCAGCUGCGCUGGCACUUGGAAUAUGUAUAGGGAUGGAUUUCGUGGUUAGAAAUGAUGGGCCACGCGGGCCAGAUCUCCUCCGAAUCGUACGGUCGUUAUCUCGGGACGCAUUGCCACAAGAUAUCCAUAAAGAGUGCUUUGACGGUAUCGGGGAGAACGAACGCGCAAAAAGAGGCGAUUGGAUUGCAAUAUGGGGAGGCUCUUCUGCCACGGGCUGCUGCGCCGUUCAACUCGCAAAACUAGCAGGGCUGAAGGUAAUAGCUGUGAUAGACGUUGCAAGAAGCGGAGAGCGCAUGCUCGCACACGGCGCUGACCUGCUCGUGGAUCGACUGGAUGAGCAGCGCGCCAUUUCUAUCGUGAAAGGGAUCACCAAGGGAAAACUGCGCUUUGGGCUUGAUACAAGAGGGAAAGACACUGCUGCACUACUUGCUGAAGCCAUGCGAGCUGAAAAUGAAGGAGGGGAUAGCAGGGCACAUCUUGUAGGGCUAGUUGGAGUGCCAAAAACCGCAACGAAAGGGGUCGUUUACCAUUCAGUCCCGAUAAAGUCGUUCCACGAAGCUCCACAAGUUGGAGAAGGAAUGAUGAUCUGGUUAGAAAAGCUCUUGGAGCAGAACCUGAUCUCGACCCCCGAGAUAGAGAUUGCAGAUGGCGGGUUGGAGGGCAUCAAUGGUGCACUCGAUAGAUUGAGGGACGGAAGUGUCAAUGGCCCUAGGAUCGUGGUGCCACUGCGGUCCUAG